GCCAAGGCAGUGAGCUCCCCGUGCGGCGGCGCAAGAGGUGAGCGGCGCGGGGGAGGCGGCGAGGUAACGACGAGCUGCGCAGCGGAGCGCGCUCUGGCGAGGCAGCAGGCGGAAGCGUGCGGCGCGGCGGCGGGCGGCGGCAGGUAGCAGGCGAAGCGCGCGGCGCCGCGAGCGCGAGCAGCCGAGCAGGUGCAGCAGCAGGCCAGCGGCGGCGGCGGAGGCUGCAGGCCGGUGCUGGCGACGCCACGGGAGCACGCGAGCAAGAGGCAGGACCAGGCGAGCAACAGGCAGGCAGCAGCUGGCCAACGGCUGCAAAAUAACUAAACAAGCGAGCAAGAUUGAUCCCAAGGUGCGGGUGCAGAUUAUCUUCCAAACAUGUUUGGGGCUCUACUGGGACUCCAUGGCACAUGUUAAGUGCUCUGGAUCGCUUGCUAUUUUCUGCUCCUCAAUCGUGCUCAUUGGCUCACACAUGGACGGCUUCAGUUAUGCACAACCGUCUUGUACGUGGCUGUUUCAGCAGUUUUUCAGCAGCAGCAGCAUCGGCUAUUCGUGUACCUGUUGCAAGCUAUGGGACUUCUGCAGCACAAAGCACAUCAAAGGACCAGCAUGGCAGCAACAUCAACAGUGCGCUAAAAGUUUUGAAUCUUGUACCAAGAAAGGCUGACUAUGACAAAGUGGGAGGUCCAUGCCAUCACCAACUAAUCCAUGACUGCAUGAAUGACAUCUUGGGGGUUCAAUCAAAUCAUACUAUACACAAGGGAAAUGGUGUCACUUUUAACUCAUGCAGCAAUCCUGCACAGGCUAAAUUUGAUAGCUUUGUUUCAAAUAAUGGCUCGGCUUUGCGUUCCAGGACUAGAUUCAUAAAGGAGGACAUGUUUAUGCUGAUAAUGGAGCUGCACAGGAAAGGAGAAACCAGUACAGAUCAAUCUAUUUUGGCAGCUGCCAUGAGUUCCUGUGCUGAUAGGCAAAUGUUCACCCAAGGCACACAGCUUCAUGGUCUAUUGGUUAAAGUUGGCUGUGAUUCAACUGUCUUUAUUGGCAGCUCACUUAUCACCUUAUAUUCGAGGUGUAGCCAGUUGGAAAGUUCGUACUUGGUUUUCCAGACCAUGCCAACCAAAAACACAGUGUCAUGGACAGCAAUGAUUUCUGGUUUUGCGCUACAUAAUCGGGUUGAACCAUGUCUCCAUUUGUUUGCGUCAAUGAGGCUUUCAAGUUGCAAGCCAAAUGACAUCACAUUUGCCACUCUUUUUAGUGUGUGCACUAACCACGCACUUCUAGCACUUGGUAAAAGUGUUCAUGCUUUACAAAUGAGAAUGGGUUUCCAUUCAUAUGUGCAUGUUUCCAAUGCCCUGCUGUCCAUGUAUGCAAAGUGUGGGUGCAUAGAUGAAGCCCAGUCCAUAUUUGGCUUCAUUGCCUGUAAAGACCUUGUUUCGUGGAAUGCCAUGAUCUUUGGAUGUUCGCAGUAUGGCCUUGCUAAGCAUUGCCUUGACUUGCUGAAAGAAAUGGAGAGGCAACACAUAGUACCAGAUGCUCUCUCCUUCCUUGGUGUCCUUUCUUCAUGCCGGCAUGCACGCCUUGUGGAGGAAGGCCGACACUGCUUCAAGACAAUGAUUGAACAUGGAAUAAAACCAGGGCUCGAUCACUACUCAUGUAUGGUCGACCUUCUUGGGCGCGCAGGAUUGCUUGAAGAAGCGUGGGAUUUGAUCCAAACAAUGUCUAUCCCUCCAAAUGCCGUCAUAUGGGGCUCUCUGCUGGGUUCCUGUAGGGUGCAUGGGAACAUUUCGAUCGGCAUCCAGGCUGCAGAGCACCGUCUUAAACUUGAGCCAGGUUGUGCUGCAACUCAUAUACAACUAGCAAAUCUGUAUGCCACAAUUGGUUGCUGGAGUGAUGUGGCCAGAGUGAGGAUGGCAAUGAAGGCGAGAGGCCUAAAGACGAACAUUGGGUGUAGCUGGAUAGAAGUCGGUGAUAAGGUUUAUUCCUUCACGGCAGAGAACAGAUCAAAGAGCCACCAAGUAAACAAUGUCCUGGCUAUUCUUGAUUGCUUGCAAGCUCACAUGGAAUGCAAGUAUGAUAUGCUUACAGAAAGCCUGGAGUAGUGGAGUGUGAUGGCUGUGAACAUGUCAAGACGACUAUAAACACUGUAUAUAUUAAGAGGAAUCCUAAAGAAGAUCCAUUGAUGCCAUUAUAACACCUAAACAUUAUGUGUAUGGACUGAUUGGUAUAAAGAUCUGUAUGGAUUGACAAGAUUCACGACCAACAAGACAUACAGCCUGUUGUGGCGGAUGGUGAUGGAAGGCCUGCUUUCCAGCUUGAAGGAAAGAACUGAAGGAUUGAAGGUUAAGCGGCAUAAACUUGUCAUAGCACAUCUCAUGUGUCUGAUAACAUAAUGCGUUGAUGUGUCAUAUGUGCAAUCAGCGAUCUUGUACUGCUUAAUUACAAUGGUUAGAAAUGUAGCUCUUGACAAAGUAAUGAUUCAGGAGUUCUGAUAAUUGAGAAAACAAGACAGCAUCGUCUAAAUGUCAGCCGAUGGCUUCUCUGACUGAUGAGUAUCAACAAUUUUCAUGGAAACGAAUAGGAUUACAGGAGUGUCAACGAAUAUGAUAUUUGCGGGGAAAUUGAAGAAAGUUUUUAACAA